CCUUCCUGGGGGCGGCCGAGCCCGUCCUGUCCCGCCGCGGGCCGCGGAAGGACGGGAAGCUCGGGCGCCUGCCAGGCCCUGCAGGUGGCCGGGUCGCAGGCCGGCCGCAGCGGCGGAGCAGUAACACGCCGGCGACAGCAGCUGGUCGGUUUCUCGAGGCUGGGGCUCCCCGUGGCCGAAGGGGCCGGGUUUCGGGCAGCCGAGGCCUCCUGGAGGCGCGUCUCGGGCCGGGGUCCGUGAGGAGUGGCGGAUAUGGCUCGUGGACAGCAGAAGAUUCAGUCUCAGCAGAAAAAUGCCAAAAAGCAAGCUGGACAAAAGAAGAAACAAGGACAUGACCAAAAGGCUGCUGCCAAAGCUGCCUUAAUAUAUACCUGCACUGUCUGUAGGACACAAAUGCCAGACCCUAAGACCUUCAAGCAGCACUUUGAGAGCAAGCAUCCUAAGACUCCACUUCCUCCAGAAUUAGCUGAUGUUCAGGCAUAAAGUUGUUUACAGGUGAAUUCGUGACACCUUUGACUCUUCUCCUGUCUCAGACCUUAGGUAACAAACCUGCAGCUGCUUUUCUAACAAACUGUUGAUCAGCAAAAAUAAAGGGGCUACAGAAACACUCAUUUUUAUGCUGUUCCCUUUUGGGCUUCAUGCAAAGACAAUUCUGUGUAAAUGUACAGUUGACUCUGAUUUGGAAAUCUGAAAAUCAGUCCAUCCUUGUUAUAAAAAAUUUUUUUACAAUUGUAAUUAUAUUGAUGUUCAUAUUGUAUAAAAUAACUCAUUUAAUAAAGUAGUACUUUGAUUUUACAACAUC